AUGCUCAUGGCUUCAGAAUUUGAAAAGAGUAGCAACAGUCAAAGCUCAAACUUGUCUAAAGAUGCUCGUACCUCAAAAGGGAAGAAACAAAACCCUAAUUCGAAGAACCCACAGUCACAGAAGAAAAGAAGAUUACGAGAGGCUUCAGAACGAAAUAAGAAGAGGUCGUGGGUGUGGGACCACUUCAAAAUCUUCCAUAAGCCGUUGAUGGUUGCAAAUGAAGAGGGUGUGAAGGUAGAAGUUGGAAAGACUACCCGAGCUGAAUGUAAAUAUUGCCAAUCUGAUCUAGCUUGCAACUCGACUAGGAAUGGGACUAGUACUCUGCAAAAACACCUUGAAUUGCAUUGUGAUAAUUAUCCGGGUAGUGCUAGAAACUUAAGAGAGGGUCAGAAGCAUUUUGUUGUGGAUUUAGAGGGUAAAGAUGUUGUUGUUACACAUAGGACACAAGAAAAUUGCACUAAUGCUGCUGUUGAAAUGAUUUUGAUUGAUGAAAUGCCAUUUUCUGCAAUUGAAAAGAAUGGUUAUGAGAUUUUGUGA